AUGCUACCUCCCCGGCUCAAUCAGCCCCAAGGACGGCCGCCAAAUAAUCACGCUUCACACCCAGACGACGCAAUUCGCCUUACCGACGAUGACGCUGCUUCAUCCCGUUUAUCAGCUACACAACUGGGAUACCUUGCCGACCCAUUUGUCUCUCUACUUUACAGAGCACCCAUGGCCUACGGCGCAGCGCCGAGCGGACGGGCAGCUCGCAAACCGCCUUUAAUCAAUAUUGGGACUCACCACCGGACUUGGGGAAUAGACCUUUUGGUGGAGCAAUUCCUGGAGCGAGGUGGAAAGCAAAUAGUCAGCUUGGGAGCUGGAAGCGAUACGCGUUUCUGGAGAUUAAUGUCUAGAGACUCUCCACCAAGCAUUCACAAAUACGUCGAAGUCGACUUUCCUCACCUGACAUCCCCUAAAGCCCAGCGUAUAGCUCGACACCAUAAACUCUCCCAGUACCUCUCUCCCAUUGUCCCCGGUGGUGGCACCGAACUGUCCUCCUCCCUCUUUGAUCUCAUCCCCCUGGAUCUCCGUCCUGCAUCUUCGUCCUCCAAAUCUAUCCCCAGCACCCUCUCAGCAGACUUGCUCCCUCACCUCGAUCCUUCUCUACCAACGCUCUUCUUGGCGGAAUGCCUCUUUCCGUAUAUGCCCCCAGAGGACUCGGAAGCUAUCGUGAGAUGGUUCGGAGAGACGUUCAAGGACUGUGUGGGGGUAGUUUAUGAGAUGGUAGGGCUGGACGAUAGCUUUGGAAAGGUUAUGAGACGGAAUCUUGCUGUGCGAAAUCUUUCCAUACCAGGAUCAGUCUUCCCCACACCAGCGUCACAAGCUGGGAGGUUUCAAGUAUCUCAAUUGGGUGAAGGUAGAUUUGAUGACGCCGGGGCCAGAACGUUGUGGCAGGUUCGCGAGCAAGCAAUAGAUUCCAAAGAACUACAACGUAUCUCGAAAUUGGAGAUCCUGGACGAGAUUGAGGAACUGAAACUGGUGCUUGAGCACUAUGUGAUAGCAUGGGGAACGAAAGGGGCUCGGAUGAGCUCUAUCUCCUUGUAG